AUGGUCAUUAUCGACAGUCUUAGUUUUUAUCGUCCAUUCUGGAUCUGCAUGCGAUUGCUGGUACCGACUUUCUUCAAGGAUUCCUCACGUCCUGUCCAGCUGUACGUGGUGUUGCUGCACAUCCUGGUCACCUUGUGGUUUCCACUGCAUCUGCUGCUGCAUCUUCUGCUACUUCCAUCUACCGCUGAGUUCUUUAAGAACCUGACCAUGUCUCUGACUUGUGUGGCCUGCAGUCUGAAGCAUGUGGCCCACUUGUAUCACUUGCCGCAGAUUGUGGAAAUCGAAUCACUGAUCGAGCAAUUAGACACAUUUAUUGCCAGCGAACAGGAGCAUCGUUACUAUCGGGAUCACGUACAUUGCCAUGCUAGGCGCUUUACAAGAUGUCUCUAUAUUAGCUUUGGCAUGAUCUAUGCGCUUUUCCUGUUCGGCGUCUUCGUUCAGGUUAUUAGCGGAAAUUGGGAACUUCUCUAUCCAGCCUAUUUCCCAUUCGACUUGGAGAGCAAUCGCUUUCUCGGCGCAGUAGCCUUGGGCUAUCAGGUAUUCAGCAUGUUAGUUGAAGGCUUCCAGGGGCUGGGCAACGAUACCUAUACCCCACUGACCCUAUGCCUUCUGGCCGGACAUGUCCAUUUGUGGUCCAUACGAAUGGGUCAACUGGGAUACUUCGAUGACGAGACGGUGGUGAAUCAUCAGCGUUUGCUGGAUUACAUUGAGCAGCAUAAACUCUUGGUGCGAUUCCACAACCUGGUGAGCCGGACCAUCAGCGAAGUGCAACUGGUGCAGCUGGGCGGAUGUGGAGCCACUCUGUGCAUCAUUGUCUCCUACAUGCUCUUCUUUGUGGGCGACACAAUCUCGCUGGUCUACUACUUGGUGUUCUUUGGAGUGGUCUGCGUGCAGCUCUUUCCCAGCUGCUAUUUUGCCAGCGAAGUAGCCGAGGAGUUGGAACGGCUGCCAUAUGCGAUCUUCUCCAGCAGAUGGUACGAUCAAUCGCGGGAUCAUCGAUUCGAUUUGCUCAUCUUUACACAAUUAACACUGGGAAACCGGGGGUGGAUCAUCAAGGCAGGAGGUCUUAUCGAGCUGAAUUUGAAUGCCUUUUUCGCCACCCUGAAGAUGGCCUAUUCCCUUUUUGCAGUUGUGGUGCGGGCAAAGGGUAUAUAG